CAUCCCAUUGCGCUAUGAAACGGAUACGAAUGCACGCGACUUUGUUUGCUGUUGAUUCGUGCAUUCGCAUUUCACCCUGAUUCAAAUGAAAACGAAUAUCUGCAGCUAACAAAAUCGGGAUCCAAGGACCGAGUGUCGGUGAUGGCAGCAGGCGUCAGUUUGUUGAGUGAUCUGCCCUAUUGCAACGGCAGUUUAGCUAACAGCAGAGAGCCGAUCACUGACAUGGAGCCAGUCAAUGUCAGAGUCCCCACUGCAAAGUACACCAAGGUCGGUGAGACUUUGAGGCAUGUCAUCCCAGGACAUAUGCAGUGUUCCAUGGCGUGUGGUGGUCGAGCAUGCAAAUACGAAAAUCCUUCUCGCUGGAGCGACGAAGAGCAAGCUAUCAAGGGAUUGUACUCCUCCUGGAUAACAGAUCACCUGUUAGCCAUGGCAAGGCCUUCGACUGAAAUCAUUGAAAAGUUCAAAAUCAUUGAACAAUUCCAAGCGUGUGGCUUAAAGACAGUUAUCAACCUGCAGCGACCAGGUGAGCAUGCCAGCUGCGGCAGCACUCUGGAGCCAGAGAGUGGUUUUACCUAUCGCCCAGAGGUUUUCAUGGAGGCAGGGAUCUAUUUUUACAACUUUGGCUGGAAGGACUAUGGAGUGGCAUCCUUGACUAAUAUCCUUGACAUGGUGAAAGUUAUGUCAUUUGCCAUGCAAGAGGGAACAAUUGCUGUCCACUGCCAUGCUGGACUUGGUAGGACAGGUGUCUUAAUCGCAUGCUUCUUAGUAUUCACAUCCCGGAUGAGCGCAGAUCAGGCCAUUUUGUUCGUCAGAGCUAAACGGCCAAAUUCCAUCCAGACUCGCGGUCAACUGUUGUGUGUACGAGAAUUCGCCCAGUUCCUUGUGCCACUGCGGAGUGUGUUUUCGUGUGCCGAGCCCAAAGCUCAUGCGGUCACGUUGUCACAGUUCCUGACUCGUCAGCGCCAUCUGCUGCAUGGCUAUGAAGCGCGACAAAUGAAGAACAUGCCAAAGAUCGUAAACCUGGUCUGCAGGCUCCUAUUAGACAUAGCAGAGAAUCAGCAAUCAGUGGAAGAGCAGGUAUUGGAUAUCCCAGACCUCACGGAAGAAGUGAAGAAGACGGUCUCCUUGCAAGCCAUCCAACAGUUAGGGAAGGAGAUGAGGGUGAAAGGGAUUCCCAUAUCCUCACCUCGCUCCCAUGAACAACCCAGCGCUCCUAUUGAAGUACAGUGUGACCCACCUCAUGACCGCCCACUCUGUAGCGACCAGGAGUUUGACGUGCUUUGGAGAUGGCCGACUGUAGACAACACCUACAAUUCUCAACUCAUCUUAAGAAAAUAUCUUUGCUAUAGUGACUCUGCCUUGCACAGACUGGACGCCAGAAUGCAGGAACUGCAAAGUCCCCAGAAUGCUCUUGGCAGCAAAUCUGGUUUAUACUUUUCCGAACACUACACCUCACAGAGCAGAUUAGCUGCACAAACCCCUGAUCUUCAUCUGUCUGUAUCCCCUUUGACAUCUGAAAGCAACAGCAGUCCCAAACAUGGCUCUUUAACAGGUUCCUGUAGCUCCCUGGAACAAUCCAAAAAAGGUCAAGGACAAAUGCCUAGCUCUCCUGUCUCCACACAACGGGUACCCCUGAAGGAGGCAAAGCGUAGCAUGUCCUAUGGAUUUCUUGGGAGGACCAGUGUGAACAGCAGUUUAAUGCUUGUUGUAGGGACCACAGAACAUGCUGGAAAUGUUCAAAUGUGUAAAGACAGCAAAAAUCACCUCAGCCGUGAUGAAACAGUACCCUCUGAUGGAUUUCAGAUUGAGCUCACACCUGAGACUCGCCAUCUGUUUGUGGCCAAAGCUCUCACAAUGGACACUGAUGAAGAUGAAGUUAAGAAUGUUGUCUCAUUGUGGCAGGUAGGAGCAGUACUGUAAUUUUUGACGUCCAAUGAGCAAAAUGCUGUAUGCAGUACAUUUUAUUUAAAAAUUAAUUAGAUGGGGGCCUGGGUAGCUCAUUGGUAAAAUACACUGGCUACCACCCCUGGAGUUCGCUAGUUCGAAUCCCAGGGCGUGCUGAGUGACUUCAGCCAGGUCUCCUAAGCAACCAAAUUGGCCCGGUUGCUAGGGAGGGUAGAGUCACAUGGGGUAACCUCCUCGUGAUCGCUAUAAUGUGGUUCGUUCUCAGUGGGGUGCAUGGUGAAUUGAGCGUGGUUGCUGCGGUGGAUGGCAUGAAGCCUCCACACGCGCUAUGUCUCCGUGACAACGCGCUCAACAAGCCACAUGAUAAGAUGCGCGAGUUGACGGUCUCAGACACGCAACCACAAGGACUUAAAAGCGCAUUGGGAAUUGGGCAUUCCAAAUUGGGAGAAAAAACAAAACAAAAAAAAAACAGUGAAUUGGUAACACUUUACAAUAAGAUUUCAUUUCUUAACAUUAGUUAACAACCUUAUUGAAAAUGAAUUAACAAUGAACAAUAAUUUUGCUGCAUUUAUUAAUCUUAAUAAUUGUUAAUUUCAAUGAAAUUAAUAAAUGUUAAUUUCAACAUACAGUAAUACAUUUUUAAAAUCAAAGGAUAUAUUAGUAAUGCACUACGAACUAAUAUGAACUAACAAUGAAUGAUUUUAUAUUUAUUAACUAACAUUAACAAAGAAUAAUAAAUUAUGUAAAAAAUAUAUUGUUCAUUGUUUGUUCAUGAUACUUAAUGCAUUAAAUAAUGUCAACCAUGGAACCUUAUUGUAAAGUGUUACCGAUUAUUUGAACCUCUUGGAAUUAUUGAUAGUCAGUAAGUUACAAAAUACAAAGUUUAAAGUUGAUGUGUGUAAUUUCUUUAUGUUAAAAUUAGAACUGUCAGUAGAUAAAAUGUUUAUUGAAUUAAUUAAACGACAUGCCGAUUAAUUAAUCGCAGAUAUACAAUAUAUAUAUAUUUGUAGAGAAAGCCCCCAAAUAAUAAUUAAAUAUACCUGUAUAAUGAUUUAAUAAUAAUUCAAUAAUAUAACAAUAUACACUCACUGAGCACUUUAUUAGGAACAUUAUGGUCCUGAUAAAGUGCCUGAUGUGUUCUUCUGCUGUUGUAGCCAAUCUGCCUCAAGAUUUUGCUGUAGGUCCAUUCUAAUUUCUGGACACCAUUCACUUGCAUUGUAUGGACCUACAGAGCUGAGAUAUUUUUCUAAAAAUCUUCAUUUGUGUUCAGCAGAAGAAAGAAAGUCACACUGAUUUGGGAUGGCAUGAGGGUGAAUAAAUAAUGAGAUAGUUUUAAUUUUUGGGUGAACUUUACCCAGCCUGACACAGCAACAUUGACUCGACCAAUGGUGUGAGUUUGCGGCUGGCCUGUCUGUUUGUUAAACCAUUUGAAAACAGUGGUUAUUUUUGCAAUUCCAUUUGGUGAGGCUAGUGGCUCAGAAAUUAAAUACUUCUGCUAAAAUUCAUAUAGAAUGUUAUGCUUUUAAUUUGCUACAAAACCUCAGAUAUUUACUGGAUAACCUCCUGUAAUAAACACAUGACUGUUUUUGCAUCUCAGACAGAGCUGAACUCCCGUGAAGGUGCAUGGGAGAGAUUGUGCACAGAGAGAGAUGCUGUGGUGCUCUCCACACUCAUGUGGUCUUGGCUAGAACAACUGAAGGAGCCAGUCAUCACAAAAAAGGAUGUGGAGACUUUGGCUGA